UUUAUUGACAGACUAAAUUAAUACGAGUACAACGACGAAAUGGGGACACGGAACGAAGCAGUGAAGCCAAUUUUCGCCACGAAAAACGUUACGUGAUACGCUGACAUUUUCAGUGAAAUUCCUAGCAGAAUGUAAGAUUAACUUGAAAUUCCCCGUUCCUUUAUAUAUUUGUAAAUAUAUACUUUUGGGAUACUUUGGAGGGAGGCUUGGAUUCCAGAAGUCCAGAACUUCAGAACUUCUUGAAUACAUCACAAGAUGAUCCAGCUUUUACAGAUAAUGGUUUCAUUUGUUAAAAAAAAUCCGUCAAUAUACCAGCCUUGCGCUAAAACCCAUGAAUGAUGAGUGACAAAUCCUCUAUGUUCGGUAAACUACAAAACUGGGUGUGGGCAGUCGGGAACAGAUGCUUGUCAGACACAAUACUUUGUCUUCGAGGCAGCAAAACUUUUGUCCAAGUAGAUAUUUUUAAAAUGUGACGAGUCAAGCCUGAGUGACAUGGCCCAAGAAUUGGGACUCUUCCAAGGGCCCACUCAGAACGGUCCUCCCAGCGUCCAGCAUAAACAGGACCGACGGUCAUUCGGAGGGUUUGGUGACGACGGUCAAGGAAUGUCAACGGACAGCAUGGUACCGGACAUCUCUCCAGACCACGCCUCUCGGUCAAGAUUAAAUCCUGACCAAUCAGAGGACAGCAACCCUCAAAGUUCACCCAGACCUAACAGACUGACUCUCUCCAGUGUGGAGUUCCACCGUCGGGCCGGCAACGAUGCCACCUCCAGCUCGGCCAGUGUCUGGAAGGACGGGGAGAGUUUGAACAGCGAGGAGACGAUGGUGCAGCAACUCAUGCGGAAGAUCAGCCACGUAGGGAACGGGGACGAUGGGCCCAAGACGGCGGCAAACUACACCGGCUUUCCGAGUGGAUUCCAACGGAGGAACUACUACGAACAUAGCAAGAAACUCACGGAUCUUGUAGAUGUAACGUACAACCCUCGCACCAGACAGUUCAUCUUCCUUGACACCAGAGGUAUCACAACUUGGGACAAGGACGGCAUUGAGCACACGGUUACCCGAAGCCUGAGCUAUCCCAAGUAUGUGAACAAGCUUCUGCGGAACAUCAUCUACGCCAGGAAGUACAACGUGUACUUCUGUCUUGCCAAAGAUUUCUCUCUCAAGGUACUGAACAAAGACUUUGACGAAACCUGCAAUGUGGCGUCGGAUCUGAGCUCCGUCAUGUUUCUCAUCUUCAAUCCAGUCAGGGAUGAACUCAUAACAGGCGGAGUCAAGGGAACGAAGGUAUGGGAGUUCAAGCAGGUUACAGAUCAAGUCUGGACAGAAAUAAAACCCAUGGCCAACUACGGGCUCUUCUUGAAGAGAGAGUUGAGUGGGAUCAAAGGUGGCUGGAUUAGGAAGGUGGAGCUGGAACAGCAGCUACAGCAUCUAUACUGCUGCUCAGACACAGAUGUGCUGUGCUACAAUAUGGACGGCAAACCGCUCUUCAGAUUAGUGGAUGCUCACAAAUCUCAGAUUAAUGGCUGCAAGUAUUCACCACAAGCCAAGACGCUCAUCACAUGCUCCAACGACAGUGAUGUGAAAGUCUGGAGUAUGACCGGGGGUCAUGUCCACACAUUCCGAGGUCAUUCCAGGUCAGUGACCGGUGUAGUCCUCCACCCUGACACCUCCACUCUAGUCCUGACCAGCUCCACGGACGGCACGGUCAGAAUGUGGUCGCUGGACAUCAUGGAACCCAUGUACACGAUCGUGAUUUCAACGGACGGCAUAGAAUGGCUUGGCCUGACCGGCGAGAGGUUCCUGUGGACCGCCACGCACCGCGACUUGGGAGUCUGGCAUCUCAACCACGUGGUGCAGUUCUAUGCCCUGGCUCGCUGCAGGGUGACGUCGCUGCACGUCGCUGGCUGUGAAGGGAAGACCAGUAGGCUGGUGGCAGUGGGAGAAGAUAGCAGUGUUCGUCUGAUUUCUAUGAAGGAUCAGAAAAGCCUAUCGACUGUCCUUCCUCCUCCAUCAAUUUCCCCUUUACAACAAGUUCUUGGUGUUACCUACAACCGAGAAUGCAGCGUGGUGUAUCUACUCAUCAGCCCACAAGAAAUCUGGGUCUACACAAUGAGGACGGACCCGGCUUGUCGCACUGCAGUCUGGGAUACGGAGCAUCUGCAAGACAAAGUCAACAGAGGGCAGUCUGCGGGUAGUAGAGCCGGCUCUGCUGCCCCGACAACACCCAGACUUCAGCCAGGCGUGAAGGGCCUGUCCUCAGUCCAGUUAGGCCACACCCUGCCGACCCAUCGUGCCUCACAAGGCAGAGGGGCUCAUACCACACCGUCUCCAUGUACCUCCAUCGCAACCAUCACUACACCUGUCAUGUACUGGACAGAGGAGGGAUUCGUCUGUCCACUGAAUCAGAACUUCCUGGUGCUGGGCUUACAGGAUGGACGCAUUCUGCUCAUGGAUCCAAUGGAGUACGGCCACCGUUACUGUGAACUACAAGCUAGUAAAGAUGCAAUAUUUGACAUGGAGUUUGACCACGCCCACAGCGCCCUCGUUGCCAAGAGCCACCUGCGAGACGAGGACGUCUACCAGUUCUGGUCCUUACCGAGCCUGGAGCUCCAGCAUCUGGUGGUGGUUCCUCGAGACGUCACUGCCUUUGCCAGAUUGGGUUCUGUUUUUCUGACCGGCCACUCUGAGGGCAGCUUGUCGCUACACCAGCUGAAACCGGUCACCAACAUGAUGGGCUAUCCCACUAACGAUGUAGGGGAGGAGAUGCGAGAGACCCGGAGGGACCACACGGCACCCAUAGUGGCCGUGGACUCUUGUCUGAAUCUGGCCAUCUUUGUUUCUUGCAGUUCGGAUGGUGCAGUCAAGGUGUGGGAUGCAGACAAGUUACUCCUGACAGAGAUAGCUCUGGACGAGCCUAUCAGCUGUGCACGCUUCAUCAACGCUAGAGGAGAUCUCAUGAUGGGAUACAUGAACCACCUCUUCGUCAUCGACCACACUAAAAUUUUGCCAUCAUCAAGCAAGACUCAGUUCCCAGAUGAAAAUCUCGAAACAGAGUCUGAGAUCUAUGAAGAUCCUGCAGUGCGCUAUGAAGGAGCUGCAGAAAACCCUGAUCCAUUGGACUUGGAUAGCUACCUGGUUCCCUAUAAUCUAGAUUUCAACGAGCGUUUCCGAGGUGGACGGGCUUCACCUUCAACCUCACAUGCAUCUUCUGUUAAGAGCGGUGACGAGGAUUCAGGCAGCGAGUUCUCCCUGGCACCCACCGAGAUGUACACCUCACCCUACAUGACCCCAAGACGUCUGUCUGCCAUCGACCUCCUGACCUCAGGUCAAGAUACCAGGAGAGCUGAGAUCACAAGUCGAGUCAAAGCUCUGUCUCUGACUAGAAAGCGUCGCAGCAGAUCCAGCAGGUUGAAUCUGACCCAGACAGACGAUGUUCAGCUGGACUUUGACAUGCCUCAGUUUGGCAUCUCGCCAGGGCCGUCCCCUACCCCCUCCCCGCCCUCAUCCGGAAGUGACUUUGACGUCUCGGAGGAUGAGAGUGAAAUUGAAGAUGACUCUGGUUCGGAGGCAGAGGAGGAAGGAGAAGAGACACAACAUAAGGAAGCAGGCUCUAAGAUGACAGUCAGGGCAUCAGAGUUAGAGGAGGUUAAGAAGAAGGAAUCCAAGGAGAUCAAAGUAGGAGACAUCCGUCUGUCAGAUCUCAAGCAGCCACCUGAGGAAGUGUCCAAGUACAGCAUGUCCAAAAUGAAGAUUGAUGCCAAGUCACUACUCAAGCAGAAAAUACCAGUCACUAUCCCCAAACCACUCAAGCUGGAUAGAACAUCGCAGCCACUGAUGGCUACUGUCGCUGAAAUCAAGACUUUGGAAGAGAAAGUCAAGAAACCUACUGGACAGCCGCGGAUGAAAACCCCAGUCAAGAAAAAAAUGAAAAAGGGAGAAAGAGUCCGUGUCGGAGACAGGGCGGCCGCCAACAGGGCCAAGCUAGCGGCUGAACCAUCGGCAGAGACUAUCCCUUCUCCCACGGUCCCCAGCACGACAGACAUGACCACGGCAACUAAGCUGACUGUGUCACUCGAGGGGGGUGUUAAGGAAAAAGUUCAGAGUGGUGUCAUCAAAAAGGUCAGUUCUUCGUCAGCGAGCAGCUCAUCCGCCUCUCUGAGCCAGCAGACCUCAGACUCUUCCAUCAAACCCAAGCCUAAAGUCUCCAUCCCUGCUCUGCCCAAGGCUCCCAAGGACUCCAAGCCUGAGGACAAGAAAAGCUCCAAACCGGCGGAUAAACCGGCCAAAGCGAAACCGGAGAAGGGUAAACCGAAGUCUGUCCUUGACGAUUGGAAGAAACCCAAAGGAGGAACGUCUGCAACAGAGACAACUGCAUGUGUUUCAGACGAGGAGGUGCAAAGAGCUAUGUCUGCAGGAACCAGUGGUAGUAGCGGGAGACCGGCUUCAUCGGUUCACGGUGCCGACGUUGCUACUGAUUUAGGAGAGGGUUCCACUGCUAUGUACAAAGCCGCGGCCCGCAUGGCCAUCGCUAACAAGUACAACCCGCUCAGAUCUAAAAGUGCCGAAGCCACCCCCUCCCUGACAGAUACCCAGCCAGACACGGUGACAAACCUAGACCCAGAGGGUCUGGGGGACGCAGGGGAGCUUGAAUCCCUGCGAGCUGACAGUCGGUUUGACGGGGUCCUAUCGCGUGGCUCGGUGCAAUCGGUGACGAGUCCUCCAGGCAGAGAUUUGGAGUCACCGGCUGCGACAUCAGGUCAAAGGUCACGGAUGGAAGGGACGUAUGCUGAUGGUGAAGAAGACCAGGAUACAAGCACCAGACCGCCAUCCAGACAUCAAGUCUCACCAGAACAGGUAGCCACCACCCCAUCCCCCAAAAUAUCCAGCACCCUGCCUCCAAGACCCAAGUCUCACAUCGCCUUACCCCCACGGCCCACCAGACUGGUGGACAGAGACCAUGCCACAAGGGAGGCAAGACCCGAGGACAGAUACAGGGGGAAAGAGGUGUUCGUCCCUACAGCAUCGACAGAGGAACAGGUGUUGGUGAAGGAAGAGAUGGAGGGUAGGCUAGCCAGACCCAACACGGCUGAAGGGAGAUCAUUGCUGUUGCAGCGGCCUCAUACUGCUGGUGCUACCUUGCAUGUCAACUUUGAGGAUGAGCAGACAGCCCUUGAUGGCCAUGAUACACCGAUUGCCAGAUACUUGAGCUGCCCAGGGAGUCCAGUAGAUUUGAGGCAUAUUUACCGGAAUGACGGCCUUCACUUUGAGGACAACUGGCAGGAGAAGAUGAUUGUUCGACACCACAUUCUGAAGCAACAGAAGGAGCAGAGGGCCCAGAGUGCCGCUGACCGUCGUCGGCUCUUAGAGCUCAGAAAGCGACAGAGAAGGAAAGCUCUACUAGGUCAUCAUCAUUGUGCCACUGACGGGACCUACGAGUCACCAACGCAAGAAACCUAUGUCACACGUUCCGACACCUCCCUCCACAAGAUGAAGCGUUGUCAGAGCGCCCCCAUUGGCCGCAUGGUGCCAUCAUCGUCGCCGCCAGUCCAACCGCAGCAGGCCUUUGGGCAGAGUAAAGAAGUGGAUCUGAGCUCGGAGACACCUUAUAGGUUUCGCAUCAACCGGUCCGCUCCGCAGAGUGCCAAGCCCAGGAUCCCCCCAGAAGAGAUCUUUGAAGAAGUAGCGCCUGACCCGUCCCACCCUGGAUCACUGCUGAUCAAGAGACCUCAGAGCACCAAGUCAAUCCCUAGCAAAACAAGACGAUAUGUCCUGGUCACCAAAGUCCAGGACGACCCUGACAUCCCAGUCCCAACAGUCUUAGAGAGGCAGCUCCUGAAGGAGAGGUUUCCUCAGACCAGACACAGAAUCAAACACCUACAGGAGAUUCACAGAAGGAACUCCAUCCCUAACAUGGAACUCAUUAACAUCUCCAGUGUGGGCGAUGGUCCUUUCUCUUGAGUCCUCUGUCUAGAAAGGUUUCCUGAGAUCAAGACUCGGAAUCAAAUGCCUACAGGAGCUUCACAGAAGGAACCCCAUCUCUAACAUGGAGCUCAUGAACAUCUCCAGCAUUGGGGGAUGGAGCUUUCUCUUGAGUCCUCUGUCUUGAGAUGUUUCUGCGAAUCAGACGCAGAGUCAGAGACAUAUUGGAGCUUUACAGAAGGGUCUCCAUCCCUAACGUGGAGUUCAUUAACAUCUCCAGCGUGGGCGAUGGUCCUUUCUCUUGAGUCCUCUGUCUAGAGAGGCUUCCUGAGAUCAAGACAUAAAAUCAAACACCUACAGGAGCCUCACAGAAGGAACCCCAUUCCUGACAUGGAACUCAUUAACAUACUGCUGGAGAUGGUCCUUUCUCUUGAGUCCUCUGUCUAGAGAGGUUUCCUGAGAUCAAGACCUAGAAUUAAACACGUACAGGAGCUUCACAGACGAGCAUCCAUCCCUAACAUGAAGCUCAUUAAGAUCUCCAGCGUGGGCGAUGGUCCUUUCUCUUGAGUCCUCUAUCUAGAGAGGUUUCCUGAGAUCAAGACGUAGAAUCAAACACCUACAUGAGCUUCACAGAAGGAACUCCAUCCCUAACAUGGAGCUCUGUUACAUCUCCAGCGUGGGCGAUGGACCUUUCUCUUGAGUCCUCUGUCUAAAGAAGUUUCCUCAGAUCAGAUGCAGAAUCAAAGACAAAUUGAAGCCUAACAGAAGGGCCUCCAUCCUAACAUGGAGCCCAUUAAGAUCUCCAGUGUGGGUGAUGGUCCUUUCUCUUGAGUGGAGCUCUCUAACAUCUCCAGCGGAGCCAUGGACCUUUCUCCUGAGUUGAGAAUCUUGGUCUAGGAAAUUCCUUGAUGAAAUUUUUUGCAGUACGGAAGACUAAGAGCCUUAUGGAAGGAGCUUAGGCAUUAACUCCAUCAUCGCGAGAGAUUCAAGAAUCUUGUGAGCACUAGAAGGGUGGGCGAUUCACUUUUUGCUAAUGUUUUUGGAAGGACCUUGGAGCCUGAGAAGGUGAGUCUAGGAGGUGUUUGGUGCUUCCAAGUUGAGCAGUUUGCUCAUAUAUUUCUGAGACAAAACCACCGUGAAGAGCCUCAAAGAUGGUUAUCCAUACCCAAUGUGGAGCUGAUGAAAAUGUCUAAAAGACCAUACAGGUCUCUAAACUCAACAAAAAGUCCCAGAGAAUCAAGUUAAAAAGGGUAGACAUUCAUGUGAAGGUGUGUGGGAAAGGUAAGCCAAAAUUUGCACAUUGAUAUGACAGUGUUGAAGUCGAGUCCAUCACAAGUCUUCAAAAGUCCAUCACAAGUCCUCCAGUCUCAAUUUAAGUCACAAGCUAUUCCAGUGGACUGUAACGAAUGCAUUCCUUUACUAUUGUUCACGCCCUUUCACUUGUGACUGGACUUGUGGAAGGACUUGUGAUUUACUAAUGGUGGACUCGACAUAAACUCGAGUGAUGUACAUGUAGAACUUGAGUGAGUGUGCACAAGGAACAGAUCUCAAGAAUAGAGAGAGAAUUUCAUAAGAAGGAAGGUCACUUGAAAAAGAAAGAAGAAUUAAUAAGGGAAGUGAUGAAUCCAUUUGGAGACGGAUUAGGGAGCAAAAAGGCCGAUGGGGCCAUUUGAUAUGAAUUUGAUGCUGUUUUAUGUGAUACAUUGAGCCUUUAAUGUUCGGCAUGGUGGUGGGUGUUAAAAUGUGAAGUGAGAGAUGCAAUUCGGGCGUUUCGCAAUGUAGUGCGCCACCAAGAGUUUGCCACGAAGAGUUCAUUCUUCCCGGUGCAUUGUGGGAAAUGGUCGACAAAUUCGCAUCCUGGGACAUAUGAAAUUGUUACUUUUUCCAGUCGGUAGUUUCGUAAGCAUGAUUUGAGUAUCUGUUUGC